CCCACCAUUAUGUGUGUACACAACGUUCGCUGAAUCUGAAAGCAGUUCGAUACACGCACGACAGUCCGGACACACAGCAUAAAUUAUACAUUAUUUACAUCAACAUGAGGUCCACGAGGCGAAAAGCCAUAAAGCUAGUUGUUGACAGUUGCGGGAUGAAGGAGUCAGCGAAGCUUCAAGUCAACAUGAUCUUGCGCGAAUUUACCAAAAUGAAGAACGAAUAUUUAGAGCUACAGACCACCAACGAGAGUCUAGAAAAAGCUGUCCAAGAGUUGAGAAGGCGUUUGGUCAAGACUGAUCAUCAGCGGCAAGAGCUGAUACGAAUGCUCAAACGCAAAAGUACAGAAAACAUUGAGAAAGUUGAGUCGUUGCAGAGAGAAAAUAAUAAUCUAAGGAGUACGAUAGAAGAACAAUCUAAUCUUCUAGAGGAUCAUUCGAAAAAAAUUGAAGAAUUGAGGGGUGAAGUGAAACUCCUAAGAGAUACAAGGACUAAUAAUAAUACUAUUCCAAAUGAAAGUUUCAGAGAAAUAUUUCAUCAAAUAACCACGAACAGCCCGAAAAAAUCAUCUCUGCCAACAGUACCUGUAUCAGCUAUGACUGCUCCUCCUAGCUCGCUACAUUUUGAUCAUCCUUCUUUUGACCUAACGGAACCAAAAAAAAUUCAAAAAAGUAAGAAGAAAAGGAUGUCGCAGCCAAAAUAUUCGAAUUUGGACAUUACAUAUAAAAACGACUCUCUUAAUCAUAACAGUAGAGCCACAUCGAGCACAAGUUCCUCCACUGACAGUUGUAAAAAAAGAAAACUUUACUGUCCAGAUGAUGAUGAAUCAUGGGUAGAAUUAGAAGUUGAUGGAAAUUAGUGAUUUUCUUAAAUCUUGACAGAUUUUUUAAUUGUUCUUGAAAAAAAUUCAAAACGAUACAAUACUUUUAUCUUCUAUUAUUAUGAUAUAAGAUAAUUGUCUAUGUAAAAAAUUACGGAUAGAGUGAUUCAAGGCUGGUGACCUUAUCACAAAUUCACAAAUUUAGAUUUGAUCGAAAAGUUUAUUUACAAAUCGCAGAACUCAUUAGAUAAAUGAAUUGAAUAAUUUACACAGCAGUUAGAUGUAGAUAUAGAAUCUUCGUUGCAAAAACCUCUUCUUUUAUUUGUAUUACAAAUAAUUUCAUUUGCUGGCGAUCUUUCUGUGAAGUGAAUUCCAACUGCUUGUGUAAUCGAUGUGAAGGUGUCCGUACGUGCUAAGACCUAUGUUAUGAGUGGGUGGACUGUAGAGCGAUGGUCUCGUAUCGUAAUCAUCCUCCGGAUAAGCGUCAAGCAAACCGUAUUGACGUUGGGGAUGAUGUAUUGCGCACUCCUCCCUGAUGUAAAAAAAAAUUACAAGUACAAAUGAAAUUUCAACUUACAGUUUAGAUUAAUCAUAUUAUGUAAAGUCUCAAUAUCUAUUUUUUAUACUGUAGAGAUAACAUAGAGUGUGUUAAUAGCUUAAUUAUAAAAGAAGAAAAGAGAGUAGGAUAAAAUUAUAAUAAUUUUCGGCCCCGGUUGGCAGCGUUGACCAAAAAGAUCUUUUCAUCGUUAUAGAUAUUAUCGUAUUAUUAUAUUGUUGCGCAACGAACUGCGAAAUUCAGCGUUUAGAAUGACGCUUGUGAAAAAACCAAAUCAACUGUACAUACAAUUAACUUAGGCAGCAUUAUUGAUUUUGUUUCAGUGAAUAGUAAUUAGACUAUCCCGAAGCUUCGUGCACAUUAAAUGCUGCUACGAACUAUUUUUAUUUUUGCUCGAAAACGAAUUAGUAAAAAAUUUCCAUUUGAUUUCCCAGAGCGUUGGUGAAGGAAAUUUAUCAUUUUAAGCUAUUGAAGAUUGAUCGAUUAACGUAUAUAUACUUUUCAUUUGUACUAACGUUCAGAAAGUAUUAUGUAUUCUAGUUGUCUUAAGAAUAUUUUAAAUCACAAUAAUUAUUUUUUUAAGAAAAAAACGAAGCUAAGUUACCGAAUAUGAUUAUGCUAUUAAUUCUGUGAAUUAAUAAAAAUCGACACGCUAUUAAAA